UCCGCAGUGUGGCUUCUACUUUUGCUGCUGAAUCAGAAUUUUUUGAAAGCUCAUAAUAAGUCAAAAGUUUCGCACUUAAGUACAAAAAACAUCCCAUUUUCUGCGAGUUCGUUGGAUUUUGAAUUCUGAUUUUGUUCAACGAUUCAGACGCCAUGGGAGACCCAAAUGUCACCCGGGACGCUGCCAAUUUUGCCAUCGUUGUACUGAUUAACCAGCCGAUUGCAUAUCACGGCCCUCAAUUUGUGCCUGGCCUUUCUCAUGUGAUAUCUCAGCGAGUUGAAAUGACUGCCGGGCAGUUUUUAACCGGAAUGGGUGAACUCUGGCGCCUGUCGUCUUUCGUCGACGUAAACUCGGGCAUAACGAUUGUCAACGGACGUUACCUGCGAGUGGACGGUGGAGAAUCUGAAAGAUUUGGAAGUGGUAACAAUUUAUACAUCCUGCAGCGAGAUAAGGUUUUCUUGGUCGGAAAACGUGGAAUGCUUCCGGGAUUCGACUCACUGAAAACUUUUCUGAAUUCUGAAUGGAGCGGGCGAGGAAUCGUUUGGCAAAGGGAGAUUCUAGCAGACGAGGAUAAGGGUGCUAUGACCCCUCAGAGUGCUCCAGGCGCUGGAAGUGGCGGAAGCGGAGGGCGUUCUGGAUAUACUUACCGCCGUGAUGACGACCGGGAUCGUGAAGGAUUUUGGCGCCCAUGGAUCGGAAUGGGAAAGAAGGCUGAGGGCCUUAGUUAUCACCACGCCCGCACCAGUGCUUACCGAACCGACGACUGCGACUACAGCCGUGACCGUGAUUAUAACUACAAUAAUACGACGCGCACCAACACUUACGUCCGUAAUUAUGACGGUGAUCUCGGAUUAGGCGGACGUCUGGGCACUGACUAUCGCGGAGGCUAUGGUUACCAGAACACCGGCGAGUACAACGACGGCUAUGGCAAAUACGACGACAGUUUUCAUCGUGACGAUCGCGGAUGGUCCAGCUCUACUAUGACGAACCGCUAUGAUGGAAACCGCUACACAAUUGGAGAGAAAAUGAUGGAUGGUGGCUAUUUCAACAGCAGUGCCAACAACUGGGAUCGUCCAACGAACGGCGGAGCCGGCAUCCGAGAUCGUGACAAUAUUCGCGGUUAUUCUCAUAUCAACAUCAACUGGUAAAUUCUCUUUUCCUGUGAAUCAUCCGGAAGUGUUUGAUUUUCUCAUGUUUGGUUAAUUCGAUUUUGCGAUAGUCAUUUUUUAACUUCUCGUGCAUCAGCGUUUGGUAGAAAGCCGAAUGGACCGAGUUUAUUGACAUUUUUUUUCUGGAACUGUUUAGAUUUACCCUGUUUAUGUCAUGGCUUUUUUAUGGUAUUGUGGCUUACGCUCAUCCUAGUUUUUUGCACCCUGUUGUUUCACCUGCCCUGGAAUUCUUGCCAUAAAAUGUGAUGAGUGCGUG